UAUUAGUUUUUAGCAAUUGCGACUAAUAUUCUUUAACAAUGUCACACACUUCUUCUUCCAAAAUUCAAAAGUACGAUGUUUUUCUGAGUUUUAGUGGUGCAGAUGUACGUAAAACAUUUGUGAGUCAUCUCCAUAACGCGUUAAUACAAGUAGGAAUUAACGUUUUCAUAGACGAAUAUAUAGAAAUCGGAACAUCAAUUCCUCACGAAUUACCAAAAGGCAUAGAAGAGUCUAAAUUUGCUAUUGUGAUAUUCUCUAAAAGCUAUGCAUCGUCAAAAUGGUGUUUAAACGAGCUUGUAGAGAUCAUAAAAUGUCGAAAGGAAUUGGGCCAAAUUGUAAUUCCUAUUUUCUAUAAUGUAGAUCCAUCAGACGUAAGCCAUCAAACUCAAUCUUUUGCUGAGGCUUUUUCCAAACAUGAGGAAAAAUAUGAAGACGAAAAGAUUCAAAGAUGGAGGGAUGCAUUAGCGAAGUCUGGGAAAAUAAAAGGGCACCAUUUGCAAAAUUACAAGACCGAGGCAGAUUGCAUUAAAGAGGUUGUUGACAGACUACUGCCAGUAUUGCAAAUUGACGAUAAUGACGAUGAUGAUGAUGAUGUUCGUGCCUACAUACGGGGCAAGGACAGUAAAUCUCCGAUUCUUAUCGAUGGAGGCAAAAUGAGUUUUUCGCUGGAUAAGAAGAGGAAGAAAUGUUUUAUGGUAGCAGCAAGGGGACUUGAAAUUGAAUGGGGUGGUACACCAGAGUAUUGGGAAUGGUUUUCUCAUGUGGACUCAAGAUUCGCGGAAGUGGCUAAACUCAAGAGGGUUUGUUGGCUUGAUAUUCGAGGCAAAAUUGAAACUCGAAGACUGUCGAAAAGAACCAAAUAUGUUGUUUAUAUAGUGUUCAAAUUGGAACAUAAAUGGCGUGGCCUUGAAACUGUUAAUGCAGUCGUUAGAUUUGUUGAUUCUGUGAGUGACGUUGACGCAGAGCAACGAGCUAGUGUUGUGCAUUUUGCAGGACGAGGACCUAGAGAAACGCUACCCUUCAAAAGAGGUGAUGGAUGGAUGGAAUUAAAAAUGGGAGACUUUUUCAAUGAUGCAGGAGAAGACGGAGAUGUUGAUGCGCGGUUAAUGGAAACUAAGAAACUCAAUGAUAAAAGUGGUCUCAUUGUUCGAGGAAUGGAGUUUCGUCCAGAAUGAAGAAGAGAAGAAUCCUCCUCUUACUAUGCCCUUUUGUUUUGGUCUCAUUUUGAUUUAUUCAAGUACUUUUAUAGAUGGCCCUUCUAGAGGAACGUAUCGAUAGGGAGAAUUGAAUUUGAUUAGACAAUGUGUAUUUGUAGUAAGGCCGAUUUUUUAAAAUAUUUUAGUAUGAUUCUAUGAGAUUUAUUUUUUUUACGGU